CACCUCCUGCCCAGCCCAGCCCGGGGGGCGUGUGCGCGCGCCCAGGCCGGCCCGGGACGCACCACCUGUGCCCGAGCGCGCGCUGCCCCGAGCAUCCCCAGCCCUCGGGCCGCCCCCAUUCCCCCCACCUCCUGUUCCCCCUCCCCUCCCCCAAGUCUCCUCCCUCGGCUCCGGAGACUGCUCGCCGGGCGGCGGGGCCGGAGUCGUCGCAGCCACCUCAUUGCACAACCCGGCUUCCCAACUGUUUACACAGCCCGGCCUGUGAGUGUGUGUGUAUACAGCGUGAGUCACCGGGAGGCGGAGGAGGUGGAGGAAAAGGAGAAGGAGGAGUGCACUGGCCGGGAUCGGUGCGGCGCUCACACUCACUCACAGUCACUCUCUCUGAGCGCUUCUCGCUCGCUCUCAUACACGCCCGGAGCCCAGGAGCGCGCAGGAUCCCGAGCGCCGCGAAAAAGUUCCCCCGGCUUUAGCUGGAGACUCAUCGCUUUGGGAAGUGCAUUUGCUUCGUGGCUCCGCCAAGCCUGCUGAAUCCUGUCCUCGCGGCUCGGGACCCCGGGAUCGCUGGCCGCUGCCGCCGCCGCCUCUGCCUCCCGGACUGUUGGCAGCCUAGGCAACAAUAGUGGCGGCCGCCCCCAGCAAGGCUCCGGGAGCCCUUGCCUGCGGAGAUCCGGGGACCCAAGCCGGCCUCCGCCCCCCGGACGCACAGCCAGCGUGGUCCCCGCGUGCAACGCGAGCGCCGGGGAGCGGCUCCUGCUUUGCCCCUCGUGGGGGCCGAGCCAAGAGCAGUCUGCAAACUCCAUUCCGCCGGCUGGAAGAAGUCGCGGAGCCGGCGCCAAGCCCGCAGCGUCUUCCCGCGCGGGUCCCGGGACUUAAAAAGCCGGGGCCGCCCCGGCCCAGGACGGGAUGCGGGUCGGUCCCGUGCGCUCUGCCAUGAGCGGCGCCUCGCAGCCCCGCGGCCCGGCCCUGCUGUUCCCAGCCGCCCGAGGCGUCCCGGCCAAACGCCUGCUGGACGCCGACGACGCGGCGGCCGUGGCGGCCAAGUGCCCGCGCCUCUCCGAGUUUUCCAGCCCCCCGGACUACCUCAGCCCCCCCGGCUCGCCCUGCAGCCCGCAGCCCCCGCCGGCCGCUCCGGGGACUGGCGGCGGCUCCGGGAGCGCGCCGGGGCCCAGCCGCAUCGCAGACUACCUGCUGCUGCCCCUAGCCGAGCGCGAGCAUGUGUCCCGGGCGCUGUGCAUCCACACUGGCCGCGAGCUGCGCUGCAAGGUGUUUCCCAUUAAACACUACCAGGACAAAAUCAGGCCUUACAUCCAGCUGCCAUCGCACAGCAACAUUACCGGCAUUGUGGAGGUGAUCCUUGGGGAAACCAAGGCCUACGUCUUCUUUGAGAAGGACUUUGGGGACAUGCACUCCUAUGUGCGAAGCCGGAAGAGGCUGCGGGAAGAGGAGGCCGCCCGGCUCUUCAAGCAGAUUGUCUCUGCCGUCGCACACUGCCACCAGUCAGCCAUAGUGCUGGGAGACCUGAAGCUUAGGAAGUUCGUCUUCUCCACGGAGGAGAGAACCCAGCUCAGACUAGAAAGUCUAGAAGACACACACAUAAUCAAGGGGGAAGAUGAUGCUUUGUCAGACAAACAUGGCUGCCCAGCCUACGUGAGCCCUGAGAUCCUCAACACCACCGGGACAUACUCGGGAAAGGCUGCAGACGUUUGGAGCCUAGGGGUGAUGCUUUACACGCUUCUGGUUGGACGAUACCCCUUCCAUGACUCAGACCCUAGUGCCCUUUUCUCCAAAAUUCGGCGUGGACAGUUCUGCAUUCCUGAACACAUUUCCCCCAAAGCCAGGUGCCUCAUUCGCAGCCUCUUGAGACGGGAGCCCUCCGAGAGACUCACUGCCCCCGAGAUCCUGCUGCACCCCUGGUUUGAAUCUGUCUUGGAACCUGGGUACAUCGACUCAGAAAUAGGAACUUCAGACCAGAUCGUUCCAGAGUACCAGGAGGACAGUGACAUUAGUUCCUUCUUCUGCUAAUCCCCAAAACCUCAGAAACCUCAUAAUUCUUACACCUGGCAUUUCCAUUUCUAAAGAUGGACAGGCCCUUUGGCAUGGUACCAACCAGAUAAUGACUGCAUCAGGAUGAAAGCUGCUGAACUCGGCAUGGCGCCUCCUCUUCUCUGUUGGGAUGAGUGACUUUAUUGAUUUGAGCAGCAUAUGCUGUGAUUGGCUGCCCUGCAAAGUUGUUUCCCUUAAGGAACCCUCACCAACUAUCUCUGCUGGAUUUGGGAGUUCCGCAUCUUUUAUGGAGGGCAAAGAGUUUGGACAUCUUACACCCGGUGGUCAAGUGUGUAAUAAACUUGAGCAUUCGAAUGGGAGAGAAAGCAAAUCGCACAAUGACAUGUUUUGGGCAAUAGCCGUAUUAUUAACAGGGUGACAAAUUGGGCCAAUAAAUCUGCCAUCUUUGAACUCAUCUUUGGUAGCUAGACAUGUUACCACAGCUUCUCUGAUGGGAAAGUUCCUUUUUUGGCUUAACACUCACCUUUUCUUCACACUCACAUUUACCAAUGACUCUGCUCCGUUUUUGGAGCAGACUUUUAAGUUGCUCAGGAGCCUGACGGAACCAUGAACCCAGACUCUCCUCUGUUUCCUGCCAAGACCUCAUCUGCACUAAUGCCUUCUCCCUGACCUUGACACUUUCCCUCUUUAGCUAUAAAAGCACUUACCAGCCGAACGUGGAACAGUAUCACAAAAGAUCCCAUCUCCCAACGAUUUCAGAACUCUGAACUCAGACAGAGAGACUCCAGAUUUUAAAAAAAAAUUUGAGUGCUUGGAAACUAUUAGCUUUUUAAGUUCCUUCCAAAUAUGUUAGUACCUGCCCUUUACUUUUCCCCCAAGACCAUCUCAGGGUGGAGCGUUCUGUCUAGAAGAAGAAAGAUAAGGAGGCUCCCACCCACCUCUCCCAAGAGCAGACAUUAAACAUCUUUGUGCUUUGAAGAGAGUGAAUUUUGGAUAGUCUUGUGAUUCUCAGACUAACUUCCAGAAUUAUACUUUAACCCCUCCCAGAUAUGGUCCGCCUCUGGCAUUGUGUGUGCAUCUGCGGUUUUGCAUGAUGGGUUGUUAAUAUUUCAAAUGUGUGGUUUAUGAAUACGUCUGUAUAAUCGGCUUCUGGAGUGAAACAGCAAACCCCAAAUCUUCAAAGUCGGAAGGAACUUUAAAAAUCAUCCGGUCCAAUCUCUUUCCUCUUUCCGCCACCUCCCAAGGCAGAAAUCCCCUCUUCAGCUUCUUUUGUAGGUGGGAAUCCAGCCUCUGUUAGGUAUGUCCAGGGAUGGAAACUUACUCGCCUACAAAAGAUAGAGCUUAAUGGAGAAAUUGCAACUUUCAUUAAAAAACAAGUUCAGAUGAAAUAUCAGUAACUGUCUUGGACAGUGCUGAAAUCAGGUGGUUAAACGGGUACACAAAAUAUACUGUAUUUUGAUAAAUGGCACAAAAACAGGCAGUCAUCUUUAAGGGCUACGCCUAGGCAAACUACUAACAUGCAUUGUGAGAAUGCCGUGUAUACCUCACGUACUGUGUACUUUGUACAUAUAUUUUACCUUUUAUACCUAUGUUCGAUUUUGUUUUGUUUUGUUUUGUUCUGGCUUUGAGGCUUGUUUUGUUGUCUGUGUCUUGUCUGAAUAACCUGCGUGUCUAAAACCACGUGAAAUGUGAAUGAUUAUUGGCAAUAUUACCUUGACAGAAUCAUGGGACUUUGAGAAGAGGGAGGACAGAGGCCUCUGUCGCACUAACGCUCUCGUGGUUGCUCGACUGUUGUAUCUGUGAUACAUUAUCCGACUAAGGACUCUGGGCUGGCAGGGGCUUCUGCCGGGAAAGCUAGAAACACUAGGUUCUUCCUGUACAUACAUGUAUAUAUGUGAACAGUGAGAUGGCCGUUUCUGACUUGUAGAGAAAUUUUAAUAAACCUGGUUUCGUAAA